AGUUCUGCUGCUGCUGAUCAAACCGGACACAAAGCAACAGGCACACACAGGGAACAUGAAGGAACCGGAACCUCCUGGCCAGCAGAGCUCGCUGUACAAUGAGCUCCGUUUCAAUGGAGAGUUUUGUGAUGCAGUCAUCAAAGUGGAGGAUGCUGAAUUUCAAAUCCACAAGAUCAUCCUGUGCCGCUGCACUCCGUAUUUCCGAGAUCUUUUCUCACGCUGCUCCAGUCCAGACCAAGUGGUCUUCAGCAUCCCCAACCUGUCUGCUGACGUGAUGCAGCUCAUCAUUGAGUUUGCGUAUGGCUGCUCUGUUUCUGUGACGGAGGACAACGUCCAGGAACUUCUGCUGGCAGCAGAUCAGCUCGGCGUGAAGAGUUUGGUCCAGACCUGCUGCUGCUUCCUCGGGGAACAGCUCUGCCCACGGAACUGCAUCGCUAUCUGGCGUCUUACGAACGUCUGCAUCUCUCCUGAACUGCGGCACAAGGCCUACCGCUACAUCGCUGAUCACUUUGAGGAUGUUGUUUCCUGUGAAGACUUCCUGCAGCUGUCUGUGGAGGAACUCACUGAUAUCCUUGAUAGAGAUGAGCUCAGUGUGAGGCAGGAGAACAGUGUGUAUGAGGCCAUGAUGAAGUGGAUUGCUCACGUACCCGAAGAACGACAAGGACACAUCGCUGCUCUUCUGUCUAAGGUCCGGCUGGCUUUGCUCAGUACAGAGUACAUCACCAUCAAUGUGCUGUCCAAUGAGCUGGUGAAGAACAGCGCUAAGUGCCUAACCUUGGUGAAGCAUGCCACCACAAUCAUACAUCGCACAGAGAGACCCUCAGCUUAUGGCUUCUGUAACCGUCUCGCUCGUCCUCGCCUGCCCAAUGCCAUCCUAUUGGCCACCGGGGGCUGGAGUGGUGGUGAUCCAACCAACAGCAUUGAGGCAUACGAUUUCCGAGCUGACCAGUGGGUCAGCGUGGCAAACGGUUUGGAGCAUCCUCGUGCCUAUCAUGGCACCGCCUUCCUCAGCGGCUUUGUCUACUGCGUGGGAGGCUUCAACAGGGUGCAGCACUUGAAUAGCGUAUACCGCUUAGACCUGACGUCAUGCACCUGGCAGGAAGUGGCGAACAUGCACUGCUGCCGCUGCUACGUAAGCGUGACUGUGCUGAAUGGACGCAUCUAUGCCAUGGGAGGCUACGAUGGCCAAGUGAGACUCAGCACUGCAGAGUGCUACCAACCCCAGACCAACCAGUGGAGCCAUAUUGCACCCAUGCAUGAGCAGAGGAGUGAUGCCAGCUGCACGACACUCCACAACAAGGUUUACAUCUGUGGUGGAUUUAAUGGGAGCGAGUGCCUGCAAACGGCUGAAUAUUACAGUCCAGAGACCAACCAGUGGACCAUGAUCGCUGCCAUGAACAUCCGACGCAGCGGAAUAGGAGUCAUCGCAUAUGCAGAUCAAGUCUUUGCAGUCGGUGGCUUUGAUGGCAACGACCGUCUGCGCAGCGCUGAGGCCUACAACCCACAAACCAACACCUGGACCGAGGUGUCCUCCAUGAUUACUCCACGCAGCAACUUUGGUAUUGAAGUAAUCGAUGACCGGCUGUUUGCUGUCGGGGGCUUCAACGGCUUCACCACCACUUUUAAUGUGGAGUCCUACGACACCACAAAGAAUGAAUGGUCUGAGGCCGCCGACAUGGAUGUUUUCAGGAGCGCCCUGAGCUGCUGUGUAGUGUUUGGACUCCCAAACAUGGCAGAUUAUGCUGCCACUCGUGAUGCUCUGCUGCUUUCACAUUCGGAGGAAGACACGAUGGAGUCAGAAGACUCCAGCUGAGUCUGGUGCUGUGCUUAGUGCCGUCCUGCAAUGUGUCAUCGUAAAGCAGUGGCUAGAGUGGAACUCAAAGAAAAUAAAAAAAAUUGUUGAUAUGCUUCAUUUUUGCAUCUGUGAACAUAGAGCUGAUAUGCCAAAAAGUUCCAGGUUUGUCUCGUCUGUCCAUAGGACAUUCUCCCAGAAGCUUUGUGGCUUGUCAACAUGCAGUUUGGUAUAUUCCAGUCUGGCUUUUUUAUGAUCUGUUUUCAACAAUGAUGUCCUCCUUGGUCGUCUCCCAUGAAGUCCACUUUGGCUCAAACAAUGACGGAUGGUGUGAUCUGACACUGAUGUACCUUGACCUUGGAGUUCACCUUAAUGUCUUUAGAGGUUGUUCUGGGCUCUUUUGUUUCCAUUCCUAUUAUCCGUCUCUUCCAUUUGUCAUCAGUUUUCCUCCUGAGGCCACGUCCAGGGAGGUUGGCUACAGUCCCAUGGAUCUUAAAUUUCUGAAUAAUAUGUGCAACUGUAGUCACAGGAACAUCAAGCUGCUUGGAGAUGGUCUUCUAGCCUUUACCUUUAACAUGCUGGUCUAUAAUUUUCUUUCUAAUCUCCUGAGACAACUCUCUCCUUGGCUUCCUCUGGUCCAUGUAUAGCAGACCUGGGCAUCCUACGGCCCGCGGGCCACAUCCGGCCCGCUAGAUGACCCUGACUGGCCCGUAUGAGGUCACUGGAAAAUAUUAAAAGUCAGUGCAAAUAUAUAUCAUCACAAUACAUGCAAGCAAUACGCCUGCACUGCUUUUAUUUUGAAAGGUCUGCUAAGGUAACGUUUUUUCGCGAGUGCUUUCCGUACUUAGCAUAAGGUUUAUGCGCUGAUUGGUUUGUUUGUUAGCUUCAGCCCGGGAAGAUGUCCGCUAACGGCGAAAAAGAAAGAUUGAUUCCGAAUGCAGAGUUUUUAACAAGGCGUGGACUUCCAAGUAUUUCUUCACUGAAGUCAGAGGUAAAGCUGUGUGUCUAGUUUGUGGUGAACAGAUCGUGGUGCUCAAGGAUUAUAAUCUGAAUCGACAUUACGAGACAAACAUUUGACUGAAGCAGAGCGGGGAGGAUAUCUGAAGGUUUGCUAGCUAAACUGCUAAAGCAGCAAUGACUUUGUUUUACCAAAGCUCACACAUAAAGGGAUGUCAGUAAGCCAUUCCCUGAUGGAGAGUUUAUAAAAGAAAGUCUGGUGGACUCUGCAGCGUUUAUACGCCCGGAGAAGAAAGGAGCGUUCGUUAAUGUGCCCCUUUGGAGGCGAACCGUAACGAGGCGGGCGGAGAGCAUCGCCGAAAAUCUGGAGCUUCAGCUGCACAACAAAGUGGACAAUUUUGACGUUUUGUCCUUGGCUCUGGACGAGAGCUGUGAUGUCCGUGACACAGCCCAGUUACUCAUCUUUGUACGUGGACUAACAAAAAACCUUUGAGAUGACGGAGGAGCUGGCAGCUGUUCAGCCAAUGAAGGAACCACGACGGUUUACUGAGGUAAAUACAUGCAUGAACAAACUGGGAAUAAAAUGGGAGAAUUUGGUUGGUGUUACAAUUGAUGGAUGUCCAAAUUUGACAGGGACAAAUGUUGGACUUUUGAAACGGAUGCAAGAUAAAGUGACUGAAAUAAACCCAGAACAGAAACUGAUAUUUUUACAUUGUAUUAUACAUCAGGAGGUGGUGUGUAAGUCAGUGCUAAAAAUCAACCACGUGACUGAUGUUGUAGCUAAAGUAGUUAACUUCAUCAGGGCAAGAGCAUUGAAUUACAGACAGUUUGUUGUCUUUUUGGAGGAGAUGAUAGUGAACAUGGUAACCUUGGUUACCAGACAGCUGUCAGAUGGAUCAGCCUGGACAAGGUGCUUAAACGAGUUUGGGAUCUGAGAGCAGAGAUUCAAGAGUUGGACAUUGUACAUCAUUGUAAUGUUUCAUUUACUGUUUUUAUUGAGAUAUAUAUUGAGCAGAGCUUUUAAGUGUACUGGUCCGGCCCUUAACAACCGUCAAAGUUUCUCAUGUGGCCCCAUAUGGAAAUUAAUUGCCCACCCCUGAUGUUUAGUGUGGUACACACCAUGUCACCAAACAGCACAGUGACUACUGUAACCCUAUAAAUAGGCCGACUGACUGAUUACAAGUUUGUAGACACCUGUGAUGCUAAUUAGAGGACACACCUUGAUUGAACAUGUCCCUAUGGUCACAUUAUUUUCUGUCUUUUCUAGGGGAACCAUCAUUUUUGUCCAGGCCUGUUUCAUGAGCUUAUUUUUUUUAAAUAAUUCUGUUAAACCACAGUUCAAAAGCAAUGUCUGAUUUUCAUUGGUUAAUUUUCAUAGAAUUUUUAUUUAAUAUUACUUUUGUCAGAUUCAAAUAAUUUCUGUGACCAUUGUGGGUUUUUCUUCCAUUAACCGAGGAGUACCAACUACUUUUUCCUUAAGAUUCUUUGUAGCCAGCUGUUAGAAAGCAGUCUUAACUACAACUCUGUCAAUCUGUACUUUAACAAUACAGGGAAAAUGUGUCAAAUAACAGUUAAUAAAAAAUACAGUGUUAAAUUCUUAAAAAUUAUUUUUUUCUUUCAAAUAAUUGUAAAUAUCUAAAAUAACAAUAUGUAUAUAUUUAUACAUAUAUAUACAUGAUCAUAUUCAUUUAAAUACACUAAAACAGUGA